AUGGCCAGCUCCACCCAGUCCUUGUUCAGCCUUGACCCCGAGCACAUUUCCUGCGUCGGAGGGCGGACGGUAGUUACAUGCAAAGGUUGCGCAGGGAAUGCCCCGAGAGGAGCAAUCUGCCUCAACUGCAACGGUCGCGGCUUCAACAUCUUUAUCUGUGCACACUGCAACCCUGCAGCUGCAGCUGCCGCAGCCAGAGCAAUGGUGAACCCCACAGCUGCAUCUGCAGAAACACCCGGAUCCUCAACACCGUCAUCCCCGAGCUCGCUCAGUCGCAGCUCGUCUAAUUCGCAUUCUUCCCACGCUGAUCCAAGCAUCGCUCGUUCGUACGGAAAAUAUGGGGAUGGUCGUGAUAGCACUAGCUGUGGGAGGAUUGAUAGCAAUAUGAAUAAGCCGAGAAAUCCUUGA